AUGAAAUAUGUUCUCGAAGAUAAGAAAAUUAGUCAAAUACAAUGCCCUGAACCUAAUUGUGAAGCAUUGCUUGCUUUCGAUAAAAUUUAUCAACUUUGUCUUAAAUACAAUGAUAUGAAAUUAUUCGAAAUGUAUGAUCGUCGAUUAACUGAUCAACGGUGUGAGAAAACGAAAGGAUUCAUUUCGUGUACUUAUGCUGGAUGUGAUUCUGGUCAAAUUCAUGAUCCAGGUACGACAGAUCAACGUCGACUUGUUUGUAUCAAAUGUAAACGCACAACAUGUUCAUUUCACAAAGUCCCAUGGCACCAUGGUUUAACUUGUGAUCAAUAUGAUCAAUCAAAAUUAUCAAUAGUGGACAAUCUAACAGAAACUUGGUUACAGUUAUAUGCAAAGCGGUGUCCACAAUGUCAAUCUUUGAUUCAGAAAAAGGAUGGAUGUGAUAUGAUGUCAUGUGAGAAAUGCAAACAUAAAUUUUGUUGGAUAUGUUUAGCGGAUUAUAAGCUCAUCAUGAGUGUUGGACUUCAUCGACAUCAAGAGACAUGUAGUCAUCAUCCAAAACAAAAAUCAAUAUCACAAACGAAUAGAUCGAAACCAGAUCAAAGUACAAUUUUAUAA